AAGUGGGCGGGCUUAGCGGCCGGCUGGGGACGCGGCGGCGGUGGCGGGCCGGGGAGCGGGGCAGGGGGGUUUUGAGGUGCCGAGCCAGGAUGGGCUUUGCGGAGGACAAGGUGUACGGCCACAUCCUGAGGAACAUGGACAAGUUCAAGAACAUCCACGUGGCGUCGCUGGUCGAUUCCCUCAGCUGCCUCACCGAAGCGGACAGGGAUGAACUUCAUACCCGAGGGGAGGUGCGGGGCAGCAGUGCAACCGCCUACAAAUUUUAUCAGCACGUGAAGUGCCGCCGGGGCUGGGUGAGCGACCUGAUCAACGCGCUGCACCAGAACAACGCGGGGCACCUGGCCGAAGAGCUGCAGCAGGUCUAUGACCUCUACCAAACCUCUCCUCCAAGAGCCUCAGCUCCACCAGCUGCUCCAAAUCCUCGUGUGGCCUCCUUCCCUCCUGAUGCCCAGCCCAUCAGUGCCCAGCUGCCAUUUUCGGGCCCAAAGCCCGCUGCGGACGCCCCGCUGGCCGAUCCGCCCCGCUGCACCUCGCCCACCGGUGGCCAUCCGCCUCUCCAGCGCGCUGCUGCCACCACUGCGAGCCCAGCCGGGAGCUCAGCUGCAAGCACGGACGUUCCCAGCACCGACCUGGACGCCAGGGCCCCUGUGCAGGAGAAGCCCCUGGAACAAAAGAGUCCCCAGCCACCGCUGCGGCCGGUGAGCACGGCCUGCGCCGGAGCGAGCGAUGGGCACAGCGCGCAGGGGCCGCUCCCGUGCCCCGCGGAGGCUCAGCAGGCGGCAGCGGGGCCCCCGGGGGCUGCCGGCGUGGUUUUGCCAUCGGCUGCUCCCCCCGAGCAGGGCCGGGAGUGGCUGAGCCAGCGCUACCCGGUGUGCGUGGACAACGGGUGCUUCGGGAACGCCAAGCACCUGCGCCGCGCCGCGCCGGGCUCGGGGCUGGGCACGGCCGUCCCGCUGAGGGACCCGGUCACCGCUCGUGGCGCGGGGCAGCCCAGGAACGAGCCCCAGGAAGACGUCUACGUCUCCACCGAGUUGCCCGCGGGGUUGGCAGAGCCCCCAGGCUGGGGGGUGCCGCAGCCCCGCGGCUCGCAGGGGAGGCAGGAGAAGCAGGCUGAGCUCCCCGAGCGCCGAGGGCCUCCGAGCGGCUUCGUGGAUGCGCGCAGCCCCCUCCUGGUACAGCAGCAGUUUGAUGCGGAGCAGAAGCGGGUGGGGAUGCUGCGAGAGCGCGAAGAGGGAGCCACUCGGGUGGAAACAACCCCCCCGCUCGCCGCCCCCAGAGACGCUUCCCCGUCCCGCGACGUCUCCUGGAAGCUUCCCGUGCCAGAGGAAGCGCUGCCUGCGGGGAAGGCAGCCAGCAGCACCCCCUCCGUGCCAGCAGAGGAGAAAGUGCUCCCGGCCUCGGCGGCCCCUCUCCAGGGCCCAGCAGUCGGGGGAAGCUCCGUGGGCGCAGCUGGGAGGACGACGUCCUCCCGGGGGAGUCCUGCCACAAGCAUCUGGGCCUCUCCCACCGUCCCGGAGGAGGACGUGGAGCUCAGCAAGCCGGGCGUCCUCCUCUCCGUGGCGGGGGAUAGCCCGCAGGCAGCUGCCAGGCCCCCGGGCGGCGCCGCUUCCGAGGCCACCGAUCACCUCGGCUUGAGCAGCGACCCGCUCCUGCUGAGCACCGACAGCUCAGCUCCCGGAGGAGCACACGAGGGAUCCGCCCCGGGACGCCGCCCCUCAGCUCCCGCAGCGUCCCGCGGAGAAGAAGCGGGGGGGGCGCGCUCCUCGUCCCCCCCGAGCUGGAGAACCGCCGAGAUCCGCGUGGCUCACGGCCCCAGCGCCCUGCCGCAGGCAAGCAACGACGGCCAGGACGGAGGCGCUCCCUUGGGCAGCCCCCCGGCUUCUGCCUCGAGCGGAGGCCGCGGCGCUGCGCCCGGCAGCGUCCCCAGCCCCGGGGACAGCCCCGGGCCGUCCCUGCCCUACCUCGUCCCGGCUGUGGGCAUCGCGCUCAUCUCCGCCGUGGCGUUCCUGGUGUACGCCCGGCUGCAGAAAUAGCGGAGCGGAGAGAAAAGGGGGUGCCGCGGCCGCCGCGCGGGAGGUUCCUCUUCCCUGGCAGGAAUCCGUCUGGCACGUUUGAACCCCGAGGGACGGUAGGAGGGACCGCUGUUAAAUCUCCUCCCGGAAGGUUUCGCUGGAAGAGGCCUCGGUCGCGUGACGCCGUUGGGUUUUGCUCUGCUCCCCCGUCCCCCAACGACCUUCCCGCCCGCCGCCUUCUCCUCCCGCGCCCGCGGGGAGGGUGUCGCUCGGGGGCGAUCCCUCGAGCCCGAAGUCGGGGGGGGGAAUUGCUGGAAAUUCUCCACAUCUUCUCCACGUUCGGUCCCAGAAAGGUCCCCGCCCUGCCGAGAGAGCAGUGCGAGCUGCCCCCUCUCCCGGGGGCUGUCGUCCUGCCUCAGCGCUUCGAAACGUCCUCCCCUGGUCCUGCGGGUCGGGAUGGCACGGGAUUUGGGGUCGCUUCACGCAGCGCUGACGCCCAAGGAGACCUCCCUACCCCCCUGCUGCUUUCCCAAGGCCCGGCCUUGUUUCUUCUUUCCCCAUCCAGGGGCAGAGAGGCUUCGGGCACGUUUUUUCAUCUUCAGGCUGUAUUUUUGGGCCUGGCAGGGCGGGCGUCGUUCCCACGUUCCUGGCGCAGUGGGCAGGAAGCUUGCACCAGGGCUGGGACGCAACCGGGACCGACCCCUGUGCUAGCUGGUGGUCAGGAUGCCCGGGGUUCUCCCAAAGGUCCAAUUCCAAAUUCGGGUCCCUAAUUUCCUUACUGCCCCCACGGAGCAGCUUGGAGCGCGCGGGGGUCGGGCUGCAAGGCUUCCGAAUGAGCCGAAACCCCAAACCCAACUAAAUUCCGCGGUACGUUUCCGGGUAACUUUCCCCUUGGGGCCCCUGCUCCUGAGCUCGGGUUCCCGAAAUGGGGCCCGGCCGUCGCGGGGAGGGUGGGUGAGCCCCGCGGCGGGACGAAGGGCUGCUCCUGGGGGGGGGGAAGCAGCGCCUGCUUUCUCCAGCGGCUCCUCAGAGGACCCCUCUCCCUCUGAGGAACCGCGGCGAUGUCCCAAAACGGGAUCCCCGGGGGGUUGCGAGAGCCACUGGGGUGCUCGGUGGGAGCUGCCCUGAGCACGGUGCUCACGAGUUGCGCUUUCAGAUACCAGCGGCUUCGGGAGGCACUUGUCUGCCUCUGCCUCGUCCCGUGUCCCCAAAUUUUGAGCCCCUUCCCCCGAGCGCCGCCCUCCGUGUGGUUUAUUGCCUUACGGGUGGUUUAUUGCCUCAGCCCGUGGGAGGGAGGCACAACGCGGAGCAUCGCUGGACGCCCCCUCUGCGACUCGCAGCUGGGCCUGCCCCAGCACCGGGGGGCUGGGGGAUUUCUGCCCGGGCUCGCAGGGCCGACAGCUGCUAGCGCUCGCCCUUUGCCCCGAAAUGCACAAAGUGCCUUCCUAAAACGACGGGCGAUAAAUAAACGGAACAGCGAGGUGUCGAUUUCGGUCCGGCGGGGCCCAUUUGGAGGGUGGACGCGAGCCGUUCCCCGCUCAGCGCCCGGUGUUUUCUCUCUCGGCGGAGGGGAGAGGGCUUUUUGAACGCACUUUACGUCCCUGCUGGGCCGGGGGAUGCCGGGGCUGUUCUCGCCGGCUGAAGAGAAGGUGGUGAGUUCCCAAAGCUCCCCACGAGCAGGGGGAAGAACCCGGGAUUCCCCGCCCGCAGCGCCCAGUAAGACAUUUCGCUCAGCCUGAAGUAAUUUUGGCCGCGAGCACUUCGCACGGACCCGCGGCCUCCCCCCGAAAGCUCCAGCUUUUAGCGCUCAGGCGUACUUUUAAUUCACAGCGGACGGGGAAAUCUUCCCAAAUCCCUUCACUUCGCUAAAGCCUCCUGCUUCCUCCUGAACGUGUUGCUCAGAACUAGAGCAGGAGGCGUCAGGAAACGCAUCCGUAACGUGCUGUGAAGCAGCGCGCGGGAGCGCUGCGCUGCGGACUCCAGCUGAAAGCUCGGCCUGCGGGAGCGAGGGGGCACGCGCCUUCUCCACAGCCUUCUGCGGCCUUUGGGAGAUCCCGAGGCAGCAGCACCCGGACCAAGGCUCUCUCCUCUGCGGACGCUUUCCCCGGCUGCAGAAUCCUUCCCCCGUUCCCCCGGUACUUCGGAGCGACGGCUCGUUCACUUGGUAUUGCCACGUCGAAUCGCUCCUGGGGAGCGGCUGGGUUAUUUCACCGCCUCAGACCCGAGAAAAGCACGCGGUUUUCUCGGCGGUUGGUGCGCCCUUGCUCUCACCCUUGUAACGCAGCACUUCAGGGGCGCCCUCAGCGGGUGAACCUGCGGGAGGGGAUCGCGUCCUGCAAAUCCUCUAAAAGAGAACAAGGCGUAUUUGGAAGUACGUAAUAAAACCGGUUGCCACUUC